UAAAAAUUGUAGUCAAUUAAAGGUAAAGAAUGAAGAAUGAAAAUAAUUUUUGAAAAAUAUAUGCAAAGAAUUUUUGUUAAAAAUUUUAGAUUGACUUUCUGCCCCUGCAUGCCAUCGUUAAAGUCUUCCCUUCCACCACCGUCGUGUCUAAAUUAGAGUCUCCUAAAGAGCCUGAGCAGCUGCGGAAGCUCUUCAUCUGAGGUUUGAGCUUUGAAACAACUGAUGAGAGUCUAAGGAGGCAUUUUGUGCAAAGGGGAAUGUUUACGGACUGUAUGGUAAUGAGAGAUCCAAACACCAAGUGCUCCAGAGGCUUCAGGUUUGUCACAUAUGCCACCCUGGAGGAGGUAGAUGCAGCCAUGAACGCAAGGCCACACAAGAUGGAUGGAAGAGUUGUGGAACCAAAGAGGGCUGUCUCAAAAGAAGAUUCUCAAAGACCUGGUGCCCACUUAACUGUGAAAAAGACUUUUGUUGGUGACAUUAAAGAAGAUACUGAAGAACAUCAUCCAAGAGAUUUUGAACAGUAUGGGAAAAUUGAAGCGACUGAGAUCAUGACUGACCGAGGCAGUGGCAAAAAAGAGAGGUUUUGCUUUUAUGGCAAUUGAUGACCAUGACU